CUGUGUCAUCCUCCACAUUGUGUUGAGCUUCACACAGCUGUCACAGCCUCCAACCCGGCUCGGCGAGGGAGAAACCACAUCUUCUAGGAAACAUGGACUUCAACGGCACAUGGCAGGUCUACGCUCAGGAGAACUAUGAGGAGUUCCUCAAGGCAAUGGAACUUCCUCCUGAGGUCAUCAAGAUGGCCAAAGACAUCAAGCCAAUCACUGAGAUCAAGCAGAGCGGCAGUGACUUUGUUGUCACCUCAAAGACCCCAGGAAAGACUGUGACCAACUCCUUUACUAUCGGCAAGGAGGCUGAAAUCACCACCAUGGACGGCAAGAAGAUCAAGUGUGUUGUCAAUUUGGAGGGUGGAAAGCUGGUCUGCAACACCGGCAAGACCAGCCACAUCCAGGAGAUCAAGGGAGGAGAGAUGAUUGAGACUCUAACCAUGGGCUCAACAACUAUGAUCAGGAAGAGCAAGAAGAUGUAACCUUGGCAGUGAAGAAACCAAUGUCUAUUUAAUAAAAGUGUUGCUAAAAAAACUGUUUUUUUGUCAUAA